CUUUCAAUUGCCCACUGACGUUAUUUGUAUUAUUUGUACGUGGAAGCUGCCGCGACAAAGAAUAAGUAAUAAACAAUUUCACAAUUUCCACAUUCACGUUAAAAUUCCCACCAUCCCACAAUCACCACUCGUCGUAGAUCAUGUAUGAAGAUUCCUGGUACAACUUCGUACCAGACCACACUCAUAAGAGGAACCCUUCCAUACCACAAACCUCGACCACCGCACAUAGGAGACGAGAGUCCCUCCUCCAACAGCCGAAUGGAAGUAAACAAACCGACCCAAUCGAACCUCUAGAAGGCUUACUUGAAGAACCCGAGACGAUAAUAAGUCCUCCCGAAGCAACAUUAAGCCGGAGAGCAAAGUCAUACUCCGAUUUCUACCAUGUCGUUUGUGCGCAGCUCUCCAAAGAUGCUGCAGCUGAAAAGAAGAAGCGGAGGAGGGUCAAGGAGAGGAACCUAGAUGCGUUGAUGGUUGAGAAAGUUGAGAAGGUCGACCGUCACCGAGCAUUACCGCAGUUGGAAUCCUUUGAUAACGAAUUGAUCGAAGCUAGCCAACAGCAAUACUUACUUUACAGAGACCAAUUAGAGAUGACUGAGCGCCAUCUAGACACCCUCAUUACCGACGCCAAUGGUGCCCUCGACCUUCUUACCUCCUUGACCCAUUCCUUUCGUGCGGUCGAGUCGCAAACCUCAUCUUUCCAGGCCCAGUGUGACGACUUAUUAGCGGAAGAGAGGAGACUGCAGAAGCUUGCCGAUGAGGUUGGCACGGACUUGCAUUACUAUGCAUAUCUGGACGGUGUUACGAGGAGGUUGAAUGCUCCAGGGGCUAGCCGUUUAGUAAACCAUGAGAGUUUCGGCGAAAUUCUGACGAAUCUAGAUGCAUGCAUAGAAUUCAUGAUAGAGCAUCCUGAUUACCGAGAUGCUGAAUCGUAUCUCGCAAGAUACCAAUCUUUGCUUACUAAAGCUCUUCAUCUGCUUGAAGUUGGCUUUACCGGCCAUCUUGAUCGAGUCUCCUCCGAGAUAUCGAAGCACAUUAUAGCUACCCAAUCCGAUUCUGCCAGACAUGCCCUUGCAUAUGGCCGGUUUGAGGAGAUGGUACUUGAGGCGGAUGGCUUGGUAACGAACGCCCAACGCGUUAUUAGCAGUUGUUUUGAUCAGCUGGGAAACGCGAUACCUGGCAAGAGCUUUGAUUACUAUUCGAAUACCGCCCUUAGCAUUUUCUCCUCUUACUCGGAUGUCAGGGAUCGUGAUCUUCGCCCUAUGACCCAACACGACCUCGAAGUUUUUAGGAAAGACAUAAAAGAUAUUAAUGUAGAAACUGCCUGCCGCAACUUCAUUAAGCAAUGUUACGAACGAUCAUAUGACGAAGCUAGUCUAUUCGCAAAGAUAUUUUCCAUCGAGCCGCAGUAUAGCGCGGAUCCCCAAUCCGCUUAUGUUGCCUUAAAGGGUCAUCAGAAAGCACUGGUUUCUGUUGCAAACAUUAUUCCGAUUGCGACAACAUUACAGCCAACUUUACAAACGAGCGAGCUCCAGACAGUAUGCAAUCUUCUUGGAUGGAUUACGAAUGAAUACCUGCUAUUGGAAUAUGACGAGGAAGAAACUCAACAAUAUGCCGUUCACUGCCACGAUCUUACUGCGCGGCUACUCAUUGAACACUUUUGGCCCUUCACCGAUGGCGCUUUCGACGCCGAAGUCACUAAAUCCAUUUCGAGAGCUACCAUCUCUCCUGAUUCUCUCAAGAUUACCCCGGUUGUAAAUGGUGUCGCAUCGUCCAAUGCCCACCCGAUUACGAAACGUGCCCUCGAACUCCUCGCCAUGUAUGAUCAAGCAAUGCCAAAAGAACGAAGUUCGAGUCCUGUUGUCUUUCGAAUCAUAGACGAGACUAUCCUUGCUAUGCAACGCGUAGAGUCUCGACUGAAAUCCAACAAAGCAGCUAAUCCCGACCCUGAUCCCGACUUGUUCAUGAUUAAGAAUUUACUCAUCCUCAAGAACGGAUUGGUGUCGCUUGAGUUUGGUGAUGUCAGACCUCAUCCUACGGCGAUGCAGCAUUUUGGCCAAAUAUGGGAUGCUCUCAGUCCCCAAAACUGGCUAGGCCUGUUCCGUGGUAUUAUUGGCGGCUCACUAUCGAUUGGUCUGUGGUCGUCAGCAACAGGCACUCCGGCGAACGGCAAAGCUGUGCCACCUAGAAGCCAGGCCCAGCCGGAGCAAGAUGCGAAUGAUAAGUUGGACGAGUUGCUCCGGCAGAGCAUCUAUGCUUUCACACAGCGGUGGGGAACACUGAUCAAUGCAGCGAGGAGUGGUAAACGUGGCGCUAAGAGCCUCGUGACUACUGAGAAGGAGUUGGACGAGAAGCUCUUGACCGCCUUUGGCGGUCAGCCUGAGGUGGUGGCUAAACUGAAGGAAGCCAUCCAAAUAAACGCCCAGGCUCAGAAAGAGAUGAAGGCUGAGAAAGGUGGAAGAUAGUGUGGGUAGAACUCCCGGUCUCGGACCGCAUAGCUCGAUGAUAGCUCGCCAGCUUGUUCUAGCUACCUAGGAAGAUGGUAGCCUUUUGAGGUUUCAUGCGGCUUACCUUUCCACCAAAUCGAAACUACUUCCGAAUUUCUGGAGUCCAGUAAAACUGGGAUGGAUGGGAUGAUGCUAGCACUUUCACCAAGCUAGUGCUACAUGCAAUAACUUGACUUGAUCGUAGUGAGAAAUUCCUGAGCCUAUCGACCAUUACGACUUUAUUACCUGUAACCGAAGGCGCCGGUACUAUGCCGUAGGUAUCGAAAAUUAAAUUAAAUAGGUGUCAUGAUGAGUUAGGUCAUUUGAUUGCCGCCAAUGA